CCCAAUUCUCUCCCUCCCAGGUAGGUUUCCGGAAUUAAAGGGAUUUGGUUAGAUUCAUGGCGGAUUCGCCAUUGAAGCCGCCGGUAUCGCUCCAGAAGCCGCCGGGAUACAAGGAUCCGAGCGCGUCCUCAGGUCCGGGGAAGGGCGGGAGGAAGGCGCGGCUGCCGACGUCGUACCAGCCGAAGAAGAAGCGGAGGAACUGCUGCCGGACCUGCUGCUGCGUGCUCUGCUUCCUGAUCCUGUUCCUGAUCGUGGUCGCAGCGCUGGCCUCCGCGCUGUUCUACCUUCUCUUCGACCCGAAGCUGCCGGUGUUCCACCUGAUCUCCUUCCGGAUCUCGGAUUUCAAGGUGUCGCCCAAGGCGGACGGCUCGUACCUGGACGCGGAGGCCUCCAUCCGCGUGGAGUUCAAGAAUCCCAACGACAAGCUCGGGAUCGUGUACGGGAGGAUCGAGUACGACGUGACGGUGGGGGAGAUGACGGAGUUCGGGCGGCGGUCGAUCCCGGGGUUCACGCAGGGGCGGAGGAACUCGACGACGGUGAAGGCGGAGACGGGGGUGAAGAGUAAGCUGCUGGCGGUGGAUGACGGGGGGAAGAUGUCGUCGUGGUUCCAGAGCAAGACGCUGCCGGUCAAGGUGGAGGCCGACACGGCGGUGGGCCUCGUCGUGCAGGGCUGGUCCAUUGGCCCUCUCGCCGUCAGAUUGGAUUGCGAGUCCAGAUUGAAGAGCGUUGAGGCUGGUGACAUGCCCGAUUGCAACAUUCAUUUCCUCAGAUGGAUCACUAUACGUGGAUGAGAUUCCUCCAAAGACAAUUAUAUCCCUAUUGAAAAUGAUAAUCAUUUUCUCUCUCUUUUUUCUUUUA